AUGGAGGUUGCAUACCGUAUUCGUUUAACUGCGAUUUUGGAUGUGACACAUUUUCUUUUGAAGCAAGGCCUAGCUUUCUGUGGACAUGACGAGUCCUCGAGCUCAUUGAACAAGGGUAAUUUUCUUGAGUUGCUUGAGUGGUAUAGCCUACAAAAUGAAGAAGUUUGGAGGACAGUUAAUCAAAACACCCCUGGAAAUAAUCAAAUGACUUCCCCAAAGGUUCAGAAGGAGUUAGCAAAUGCUUGUGCAGCGGAGAUUACACGUAUUAUUGUUGAUGAUAUUGGGGAUAAUUAUUUUUCCCUUUUGAUUGAUGAAGCUCGGGAUAUCUCAGUGAAAGAGCAAAUGGGAGUUAUUCUAGGAUAUGUAAAUAAAGAUGGAUAUGUGAUAGAGCGAUUCCUUGCUAUGGUUCAUAUGCCUGACACUUCUGGCAUUUCUUUGAAGAAUGAUGUUGAUUGUUUAUUUUCUAAACAUAAGUUGUCUCUUUCAAGACUAAGAGGGCAAGGAUAUGAUGGAGCAUCAAAUAUGCGAGGUGAAUUCAAUGAUUUGAAGGCACUUAUCCUAAAAGAAAAUCCAUAUGCAAGAUAUGUCCAUUGUUUUGCUCACCAACUUCAAUUAGUGAUUGUUGUUGUUGCUAAAGAUAAUAGGAUUGUGAGUGAUUUUUUUCAAUAUAUUACUAUGAUUGUUAAUGUGACCGGAGCAUCGUGCAAAAGGAAAGACCAACUUCGGCAACAUCAUCAUGAUAGGUUGGUUGAGCAGUUAGAGAAAGAAGAGAUAGUCAGUGGCAGAGGAAAAAACCAAGAAUCCAGCUUAGCACGACCAGGGGAUACUCUGUUAGAGGUACUCCAAAAUGUGCAUGAUGAUGGUGCUUCUAAUGAUAAUAGAGGGAUAACAACUGAAUUAUCACUUGCCUUACAACAAAAGGAUCAGAAUAUUGUUCAAGCCAUGCGAUUGAUUGAGGCUGUGAAAGCUCAGCUUCAAGGCUUAAGGGAGACUGGAUGGGAGGAAUUUAUGGAGGAGGUUAUUGAUUUGAUUGCACAAGAAAUACAAAACCGUUUUCCAGGAGCUAGCACAGAGCUAUUUCUUCUCAUGUCAUGCCUUGAUCCAAGGGACUCGUUCUCCAAAUUUAACAUCCAAAAGCUACUUCGCCUUGCAGAGCUUUAUCCCAAAGAUUUUUUUCAAAGGAUCGAAUGCAUGAUGCUUGAGGAUCAACUUGCCACCUUCAUUUUACGAUGUGCGACGAUGAUGAAGAUUUUUACAAAUAUUAGGGACUUGGGAGAUUUUGCUAGGAAGAAGGUUGAGACGAGGAAAAAUGUUUUAUUUUUCCCGCUUGUUUAUCGCCUUAUUGAGUUAGCAUUGUUUUUGCCGAUUCAUGACGCCUAG